UCGGCAGAAGCUACGAACUCAUCUUUCCCCUGACUGAGUCCGAUUCGAGUUCUGGAAUGGCGAUGGCCUGAACUCCCGGAGCCUCCCCCGCAAGACUCGAGUCUUCUCCAUCAACGAUGUGUCUGCUGAACGCCGAUGCUGCCGCUCAGCGAUUUCUCUUGCGAUUCUCAUACAUCGGCUCACGCUACAACGGGCUCCAGCGUCAGAGACCCCGAAAUUGCACAGGUCCCGACAACUCGACGAUACAAGGCGUCUUAGAGGCCGCUAUGGACAGAUGCUUACGGCUCCGGUUACCAGUGAAGAUCUUCCCAUCAUCCCGGACAGACCGUCAUGUCCAUGCGGACGUGAAUGCUGCACAUGUAACGUUGUUUUCUUACCCGGGUCAUGCUGUGGGAGCGGAGAUGAUCACGAAAGUCGUCAACUCGUACCUAAAAAGAACGAAUCAUGACAUCGUUGUGCGGAGCGCCAUUCAAGUGCCAUACUGGUUCAACUGCAGGGCAGAGGCGCUCUGCAGGACGUACGAGUACAGGGGAAACAAAAAGAUGUCUUGAGGAGGUGACAUUCGUUCCGGACCAUAACGUCAGUCAUCUCUGUGACUAC